AUGGGAGAAAUCAGGGAAAAGUUCUGCUUAAGCCUGUUUUUUGUUUCUAUAGUGUUUAUUCAACUGAAAAGUUAUGGUGUCGUAGUCGAGGGUGGAGAUAUUCUUUCCUUGGGCGCCUCCAUUACUGGAAAUCAGACACUAAUUUCAAAGAAUGGCACAUUUGAAUUGGGGUUCUUCUGUCCAAAUGGAACCAAUAACUGGUAUAUCGGCAUCUGGUAUGCCAAUAUCCCAGAGAAGACGGCUGUUUGGGUGGCUAAAAGGGAGACUCCUGCCAGAAACAGAUGUGGCGUUUUGAAGCUGUCAGAAGAAGUUGAUCUGGGACUGUUCGACGCAACGGGUGCAUCUAUUUGGUCGGUGAAUGUGACCAAGAAGCCUUCCCAGGCUUUGAUAUUAGAUUCUGGUACUUUUGUAAUGCUCAGUAAUGACAAUAAAUCUGAAACUGUUUGGCAGAGUUUCGACUAUCCUGUUGACACUUUUUUGCCAGGUAUGAGGUUCGGUGGACAGCAAAAGCUAGUCUCUUGGAGAAGUUCAUUGGAUCGUGCUCCUGGGUUUUUUAUCUAUCAGGUGGAUCCAUCUGGGGCCAAACAAUUAGUACUAUCAUGGAAUAAUUCUCGACGGUAUUGGGCAAGUGGAAUAUGGGAUGGCAAUGUUUUCAGUCAAAUUCCAGAAAUGUCAAACAAAGCCUUCUACAAUAUCAGCGUUGAAACUACCAACUCUGGUUUCUAUGUCACAUAUACAUCGAUAGCUAUCAAGAAUGUGCUCUCACGUUCUGUCCUAGAUAAGUCUGGAGGAAUGCAAUUAUAUGCUCUGCUUGAUGACGCUAAAUGGACCCUCCUCUGGUCUCAACCGAGAGAUCAAUGUGCCGUAUAUGGUUUGUGCGGCGCUUACGGAAUCUGCAACUCCAACAGUCUUCAGUUCUGCAGCUGCGUGGAAGGCUUCACUCCCAAAGACACUCGAGCCUGGUAUGCGCGAGACUCGUGGUCAAGUGGCUGUGUUCGACAGAGCCCGUUAAACUGCGGUGCCGAAAAUGGCAGCAACGACGGAUUCCUGGAGCCCAGUGUCACGUUUCCUGACGCUGAUUCAGCUUCCUCAUACCCUGUAACCACAAAGGAAGAUUGCCAGAAAGUCUGCUUCCUCAACUGCUCGUGCACUGCAUUUACUUUCAAUCUUCAGGACUCUGCGAAAUCUGGUACGCACAUUUGUUAA